UCAUCAUUCUGCGCCGGCCUGCCCCGCGACGCGCCGGCGGCUGGCGCAGCCCUUCGUUCGCCCGGCCUCCCCCUCCCUGGUUCCGCGCUCUGGUUCCGCCAUGGAAUCUAACAAGGAUGAAGCCGAGCGCUGUAUUAGCAUCGCCCUCAAGGCCAUCCAGAGCAACCAGCCCGAGCGGGCGCUCCGCUUCUUGGAGAAGGCGCAGCGGCUGUACCCGACGCCACGAGUUCGCGCCCUGAUCGAGUCACUCAACCAGAAAUCACAGUCUGCCGGUGACCAGCCCCAACCCACAGACACAACCCGUGCAACCCAUAGGAAAGCCAGUGGAGCCGACACCCCUGCUGCUAACGGUGAAGCUGGAGGAGGAGACAGCACCAAAGGCUACACUGCGGAACAAGUAGCGGCCGUGAAAAGGGUCAAGCAGUGUAAAGAUUACUACGAGAUCCUGGGGGUGAGCAGAGGGGCCUCAGAUGAGGACCUGAAGAAGGCCUACCGCAAACUGGCCCUCAAAUUCCACCCGGACAAGAACCACGCACCUGGCGCCACUGAAGCUUUCAAAGCCAUUGGCACAGCAUAUGCGGUACUUAGCAAUCCAGAGAAAAGGAAGCAGUAUGACCAGUUCGGUGAUGACAAGAGCCAGGCAGCCCGGCACGGCCAUGGGCAUGGGGACUUCCACCGUGGCUUUGAGGCUGACAUCUCCCCUGAAGACCUCUUCAACAUGUUCUUUGGCGGUGGCUUCCCGUCUAGUAAUGUCCAUGUCUACAGCAACGGCCGCAUGCGCUAUACCUACCAGCAAAGGCAGGACCGCAGGGAGAACCAGGGUGACGGCGGGCUUGGGGUGUUUGUCCAGCUGAUGCCCAUUCUCAUCCUGAUCCUCGUGUCAGCUCUCAGCCAGCUCAUGGUCUCCAGUCCACCCUACAGUCUGAGCCCAAGGCCGUCGGUGGGCCACAUCCACAAGCGAGUCACUGACCACCUGAAGGUCAUCUACUACGUGGCAGACACCUUCUCUGAGGAGUACACAGGCUCCAGCCUCAAGACAGUAGAACGGAACGUGGAAGAUGAUUAUAUCGCCAACCUCCGAAACAACUGCUGGAAGGAGAAGCAGCAGAAGGAAGGCUUGCUGUACCGGGCCCGAUACUUCGGCGACACAGAUAUGUACCACAAAGCACAGAAGAUGGGUACCCCAAGCUGUAACCGACUAUCAGAGGUGCAGGCCUCCCUACAUGGAUAGUCCUGGGCCAGCCACGCCACUGAGGUCCAAACCAUGAAAUCCCUGGAGAAUUUUUGGUGACAUGCACUGAGCCAAGGUGAUGGACUGUAUGUUUAAGGAAAGACAUAAAAAGAAAAAAAUUAAAAUGGAAUUGGAGGCCGAACAUCACACAACUGCCCUCUCUCUCACCCAGUAAAUGCAGAAAGCUCUUAGGACAGACAGGAAGACCUGCCCCAGGGCUGCUUCCCUUCCUCCUGGGGCUGGCAGAGGCUCCGGCUUCACACUGGCUCUCUCCUAGGAUACGGAAACCAUGGCAACGAAAGUAGAAUGUAAAACUUGCAGCAAAUGUCUGUGGGAAGGGCUGGGGGAGGGGGUGCCCGACUGCCUUUCUUCCCCCUCCCAGGAGCCACCAGGGGUCACCUCUCAGUGGAAGCCAGUCAGAGGCGUUGGCCAAGGAUAGAGAGGAGGAAAGAGAACUCUCCGUAGAAUGUAAUCCAUAGAUGCGUGUAUAUGUAUAUAUAUAUCUAUUUAUAUGUAAAUAGCAUAUAUGAAGAGAUAUAUAUAUAUAGUCUACUUUUUAAACUAUGCAGGGGUUUGGUUAAGUUGUUUAGCUGAUUUCUUCCCUGUUUUA